AUGGCACCUGUGAAAGGCUGGUUAGUGGGGCUCCUGCUGGUCCUCCUGAGCCCCGCUCCGCUCCCGCUCUCCUCUGGAGUUGUGAGUGCUCUGGACGUGGCCGAAGCAGAGGAAGGCCUCGACGCCAGACACGUUGAGGAGGUUGUGGCUGAAGAGGGAGAAGGGGUUGAGGGUGAUGAUGGCGCAGGUGAGGAAGAGGAGCAAGUAGCGGAGGAGGACGUUGAUGAAGAAUCGGAUGAGGAAGAAGAAGAGGAGGCUGCUGAUGAGGAAGAGGAGACUGCUGAGGCUGAGGAGGAGGAAGAGGAAGAGGCUGCUGAGGAGGAGGAGGAGGAGGAGGAGGAAGAGGAGACGGCUGAGGCUGAGGAGGAGGAAGAGGCCGCUGAGGAGGAGGAGGAGGCUGUUGAGGAGGAGGAGGAGGAGGAACAGGAAGAGGCUGCUGAGGAGGAGGCAGAUGAAGAAGCUGCUGAGGAAGAUGAGGAGGAGGAGGAGGAGGGAGAGGAGGCUGCAGAUGACGAGGAAGAUGACGACGAUGCUGAAGAAGAAGAAGAAGAUGCAGAGGAGGAGGCUGCAGAUGAGGAAGAGGAUGAUGAUGCUGAAGAAGAGGAAGAUGAUGAUGAUGAGGAGGAGGAGGCUGCAGAUGAUGAGGAAGAUGAUGACGAUGCUGAAGAAGAGGAAGAUGUAGAGGAGAAGGCUGCAGAUGAGGAAGAUGAAGAUGAUGCUGAAGAGGAGGACGCUGAUGAGGCAGCAGCAGAGGAGGAAGAGGAGGAGGAAGAGGAUGAUGAGGAUGAUGAUGAGGAUGAUGAAGAUGACUCUGAGGAAGAGGAUGUAGCUGAGCCCGUCGCUGACCUGCUGCAAUUCCGCUCUGGCUCUCUGUGUAGCGUUUGCACCAUCUGUGAGCACUGCUCGACUAACUGUGACGAUUGCCCCUGUGAAGAGGGAGAUGAGUCCGAUCACUGUGAGCACUGCCAAGACUGCUCUUCCUGCUACAUUUGUCCAUUACUGUGUGACACCAUUUGCACACCAGGUGGCCUUGUUGAUGAGCUAACUGGGACCCUCUUCCAGUAA